UUCACACUGUAAGUUGAGGGAAGUGACAUCUCUGCUAUCUCUUUCUCCGGCCACGUUUAUAAGGGUCAUCCGCAAGUCUAUUACGUUUUUCCACGUUUUAUUUCUGGUGGUUUAAUCACAGAGUGUGUGAGCAGGUUUACAAUGGCCCACUCUGACCCCUCAACUGUGGAUGUGGGACUGUCUGAGGAGUUUGCGGUCCCAUCUCAUGUGGAGGAGGUCAGGAGGCUCAUGACCGAGUUUGCAGAGCGACAUGGAUCAGCCGGUCGCAGAGUAGUUCUUAUCACCUCAGGGGGAACUAAAGUUCCUCUGGAGUCCCGAACUGUACGUUUUUUAGACAACUUCAGCAGUGGCCGGCGAGGGGCGUCUUCUGCUGAGUACUUUCUGGACUCUGGUUAUGCAAUAAUCUUUCUACACAGGCAUCGUUCUCUCUAUCCGUACUCUCGGUUGUACACAGGGGUCAAUGUACUGGAUGGUUUAAUAUUACAGAGUGAUAAGGAAGAGGGUGGUCAGGUCGUGGUGGAUCAGAAGGUACUUCCAAACAUUGGAACGGUUCUCAAACGCUAUCAUGAAGUGAAAACUUCAGGAUCACUGCUGCCAGUGGAAUUCAACACCUUAUCUGAGUAUCUUCAUCUUCUCAAGGCUGCAGCUCAGGCAUUGAGUUCCAUAGGGUCCAAGGCUAUGUUUUAUUUGGCUGCUGCCGUCUCUGAUUUUUACAUACCAUCAUCUGAAAUGCCUGAGCACAAAAUUCAGUCCUCCAAUGGACCACUGCAGAUAAGUAUGAAGAUGGUUCCCAAGAUGCUGUCCCCAUUGGUGAAGGACUGGGCACCUCAGGCUUUUGUCAUCUCUUUCAAGCUGGAAACAGAUCCAUCCAUCCUUUUGGAGAGAGCGCGUCGUGCAUUAGACACUUACAGGCACCAGGCAGUGGUUGCGAACGUUCUCGACACACGGCGUGGUUAUGUGGUGGUUGUUACUAAAGACACGCAACAUGAGCUAGUCCUCACAGAUGAGGAAGUGCAAAAAGAUGUAGAAAUUGAGGAUAAGAUUGUCAGCAAUCUGACCGCAGCACACAGUCAAUUUAUGUCUCAAAUAUAAAAA